GAAAAAAUAAUUGUGAAAACAAAUAGGAUAGAGAGAUAUAUCUUUCUCUACAUAAAUAUAUAUAAAAUUUUAAAACAACAACAAUAAUAUUGUGUCGCGUUUUCAUUUAAACCACAAACAUACACACUUAUACGAUACCUAACACAGAUUUCUUUCUGACAGCCCAAUGAUAAUUUUUGCGAUUAUAGGUUGGAGGCGCGAUAGCAUAAACAUUUUAUGAUCCACAAAUAUAAUUAUACAAAUAGAGUAAUUUACGUGUUUGGAUACAUAUAUACAUAUGUCUAUAAAAAAAAUCUAUAGAAGAAAAAAAAAAUAAUUUGACAAGUUUUUUUUUUAUAUUUCGGAAAUAAAAUCUCGUGUUUCUAAAUUUUUAUAAACAAAACAAUUUUUUUGUGUGUUUCUACAUGUGAUAUAAAAAAAUAUGUAUAAUGAAUACAUUUUUAUAAUGAAUAUAUAUACAUAUUUAUAUACAUAUGUGAACAUUUAAUUGUUUCCAAUUGUGGAUUCCAAUUUUCAAUAUCUACACAAAUAUAGAUGAUCAAGAUAAUGAUUUAAGAGAUUUUAAUCAAUAAGUUUCUUCACAAACUUUAAGAAAUAUAUCUAAAUGGCAAAAAUGGAUGUCGACGAUGUUGUAGAUUUAAGUAUUGCAUCUGGACAAGAACCUUUAACUACCCCUUCAACUGUUCAAGGGCUAAGAGCCAUAGAAGAAAAUUCAAAUUUUACGUUAACUCCACUACAAAAUAACAACAAUAACAACUUUAACAAUAACGUAAAUGAUAAUGAUGAUGAUAACAACAAUAAUAAUGAUAAUAUUACUAAUAACAAUAAUAAUAAUAACAAUAACAAUAAUUAUAAUAACAAUAAUAAUAAUAAUAAUAGUAACAAUAGUAAUAAUAAUAUUACUAUUAGUAGUAAUUUGAAUAUCAUAAACAAUUCAAGUAGUGAAGAUAAACCAAUGAGACGAGUUCUACGUCCCAGAACUGAACCAAAAUCUUAUGCUGAGGCACCCGAUAUUGUCCUUUUGCCAGCUUCCAGGGUUAAUGGUAGGCAAAGUAAUCAUCAUCGUCAACAAAAUGGAAAUAUUGAUUCUGAAUCAGAUUAUGAUAGCGAUGAAGAAUUACCAUUGCCUCCGCUUCCACCAAUGAAAGAACUCACAUCUGAAGAAAUCAAAAGGCGUGAUAUUGAAUUAAGGAAAUUAAGAGAAGAUUUAAGAAAUGAGGAGACCAAAUUAGUUUUAUUAAAAAAAUUAAAGCAAUCCCAAAUAGUGCUAAAAGAGAACUUCAUUGUAACACCGGCUACAAUUUCGCCAACUUCAAAUCCAUUAACUGCUAUACCACAAGCAUUAACCAAAGGCAGUUUAAGUGUAACCCCAACGACAGCGGUGCCACUACCGGCUCAUGCUAAAAAUACUAGAAGUAACGUAACAGCAUUAAAUAACAGUAACCGGAACCAACAAAUAACAAUUGGAAGGACGAAUUCAGUACUUCCCCCUCCCAGAUCUUCCCUGCCAGGUGGAGCAACUCUCACCGCUAGUAGUCCAUUAAGAAACAACACAAUAUUGCCAAGAACAGGAUCGAAUCUCACAAUUACGCCAUCAGUGACAAUAACACCAACAUCUGCCCCUCCAGCUGGAGUAAAACCACGCAAUCUUACUGUUACGGAUAAUCCCAAACAGGUACCUGGAACAAUCAGUAAUUCAGUUUCCAUAACACCGGCCCCACCAAUUAAACAGCAGCAGCAAAACGAAAAUUUAAAAUCCAAGAAUGAACGUAUUGCAUCGAGAGAGGAUGUGCAAACUCCAGCUCAAAGACAGGCGGCAGCUAAAUUAGCUCUUAGAAAGCAAUUGGAAAAAACAUUGCUCCAAAUUCCUCCACCAAAACCCCCGCCACCCGAAAUGCAUUUUAUACCAAAUCCAAGUAAUACAGAAUUCGUAUACUUGCUGGGUUUGGAAACGGUUGUGGACUAUUUAACUACCAAAGAUCAAAAAUCUACAGUUUUACCUCCAUUUAGAUGCGCUCAAUGUAAAAUUGAUUUUACGCCGGUUUGGAAAUGGGAAAAACAAGGAAGCAAAGAUCCAAAAGUUAUAUGUGAACAAUGUGUCACAACUAAUGUUAAGAAGGCACUGAAGGCGGAACAUACUAACCGACUGAAGACUGCUUUCGUAAAAGCAUUACAACAAGAACAAGAAAUUGAACAACGAUUAGCUUCGCAAAACAGUCCUUCACCUGUGGACUCUCAUUCUUCAACACCCAUUACUGUAAUUCCACAUCAGCAACCACCUCAACCGAUAGUAUCUGUUCAACCAAUACCAAUGAAAUCACAAACUCCUACGCCAUCCCAGACUCCAACGCCCCGUCCAACCCCACCUCCUCCACUACCACCUGCACAAGUUACUAUAACUCCACAACCUUCACAACAUCAUCAUCAUCAGUCGCAUCAGUCACACCAAUCACAUCAACAUCAGCACCAUCAAGCUCAUCAAUCACUUCAAUCACAUCAGUCGCAUCAAUCACAUCAAUCUCAUCAAUCCCAUCAGUCACACCAGUCGCAUCAGUCUCACUCCUCACAUCAAUCUCAUCAAUCCCAUCAAUCCCAUCCAGCUCAUCAAGUUCAUCAAUCUCAUCAAUCCCAUCAAACUCAUCAAUCACAUCAGUCACAUCAGUCACAUCAAUCGCAUCCAUCACUUCAAGCUCAUCAGUCACAUCAAUCACAUCAAUCGCAUCAAUCUCAUCAAUCACUUCACCAACAAUCACACCAAGCUCAUCAGUCACAUCAGUCACAUCAAUCUCAUCAGUCACACCAAGCCCAUCAAGCACAUCAAUCUCAUCAGUCACAUCAGUCGCAUCAACCACAGUCACAAACCCGUCAGCACCAAUCACAACAGCAACAUCAAUCACAACAAUCAAUUCACCAUCAUCAAUCACAUCAUUCACACAUGCAGCAAUCUGGACAACAUCCUAAAAGUCAACCGACACCUCCUCCGCCGUCCCGAACACCGAGGCAUGAGCAAAAUGCCACACCGACACCAUCUUCUGCUUCAUCAUCAGCUUAUGACAAAUAUUCAAAUGCUGCUGCUGCUGCUGCUGCAGCUCAGUUAACUGCAUUAGGAAGUUUAGCCGGUUUACCAAUGAAUUUGGGAGCAUUAGGAAAUUUAGGAAAUUUAGGCAAUCUUGGUAACCUUGGUAAUCUAGGAAAUCUCGGUAAUCUUGGAAGUCUUGGGAAUCUUGGUAAUCUUGGCAAUAUCGGUAAUUUAGGUAACUUAGGAAAUGCAUCACCUGCUGCUACAACUGCUGCUAUGCAAGCUUUUCAGCAACAGCUAUUUAGGGGCUUACAGCAAGGUUUAGCAUCUGGAAAUCCUCAACAACAUCAUAUGUUUACACCUCUAUUAUAUUCAUACCAUUUGGCAUUAGCGCAAGCAGCUGUUGCUGGAAAAAAUCCACCAAGUCUAGCAGAUAUUCAAAGAGCAGCAGAAAUACAAAGGCAAUAUUUACUUGAAAUGAUACCACCUCAAGCACCUGGACCUAGUAAUAGCCGUCAGAAUAACUGGAAAACUUAA